AUGGCUACGAUGCAUGACGAGUCCCACGAAACGUGCAUGUUCUUCGUGGACGACUCCAACAUUUGGAUUGAGGCACAAAAGUUCGCCGCCUCUGGAAAUGAAUACAUGCCCAAGCUGGAGGACAGCGACAUUGACCUACGUCUCCGGAUUGACAUUGGGAGGCUGGUCAGCACGCUUUGCAAAUCGCGCACACAAGGUCUUUCGUUCCUGUACGGGUCGCGGCCGCCGCCCAACGAUUCCGUGUGGAAUGCGUUUAAGAACAGAUUCAAGUUCAAGACCAAGAUCUACAACCGCAACUCGCAAAACAAGGAGAAGGAAGUGGAUAACUCGCUGGCAACGGAUCUUGUCUAUGAAGCCACCGAACUCGGCGUAGCCGCUCGCUAUGACACCGAGGUCCAUCAGAGGAAGGAGAGGACGGUUUUCAUCGUCAUCACGGGAGACCGCGACAUACUGCCGCCUGUCAGGAAGGUUUUGGACUCUGACAUCCGGGUGGAGCUCUGGGGUUGGAAGAACGGCAUCGCGAAGGAGUACUACACUGAGCAGAACGAUCGCCGAGGUCUGCUGUCGAUCCAUCACCUGGACAAGGAAUUCAAUAACAUCUUCUUCACCAAUUUCAGAUCGACUCGCAAGGGCAACAAGGCGCAGCCAGUUGAUCCUGCGCGAACCAUGGUGCUGUGCGGACUGGACGAGCCAGCUGCUGAGGAGCUCGAUUGUAUCGGCAAGGAGCUACUUCAGUUACGCCGCUUGUUCUAUAUAAGUCCAGCCAAAUCCACAGCCGAGAUACUCGUGGAGUUUCCCAACGUCGUUCAUAUCGAAGACAUGAUCUUCAAGUCGCGGGAGCUGUUUGACGCCACCCCUCCGCCAACGAUGCGAAGCAAGUGGACAACAAGCCCGUCGGAGGGCAGCCCGAGCCCCCUCGCAGAACAGAACCUCCGCGAAGACACGCGCAAAGCACAAACGUCCCAGUCGCCGAUAGUAUUCCAGAGAUAG